AUGAAGGUGUCCUCUAUGCUUCCCUGCAAGGGGUGUACCCCCUGGCAGGGACUACUGUUCACAGCCUGCCUUUUAACCUGCUGGCACCUGUCCACCACUGAUGAAGUCAGCAUUGAAUUAGUGCCACCCCAAGUGGUUGAAGGAGAAAAUGUCCUUUUCCUUGUUCACAAUCUGCCAGAUAAUCUUAGAGCCUUAAGCUGGUUCAAAGGGAGAACAAAUACGAGCCACGAAAUUGCACUGUAUACAAUACAUGCUAAAGAAUGUGUGACAGGACCUGUACACAGCGGUAGAGAGAUAGUGCACAGCAGUGGAUCUCUGCGGAUUCUCAAGGUCACCCAGAAGGACAUAGGAUACUACACCCUUCGAACAUUUAAUAAACAAUCAGAAACCGUAUCAAUAACAUCCACGUACCUCCAUGUGAACACCUUCCUUUGGAACUGUGGGCGCCUUGCCACCUCUGCCCAGCCCACUAUUGAAUCACUGCCACCCGUAGUUCCUGAAGGGGGACAGGUUAUUCUAAAAGUUCACAAUGUCCCAGAGAAUCUUUUAGGCUUUGUAUGGUUCAAAGGGAAGGCUGUGUUCUGGCACCUUGAGAUUGGCCGAUACAUGCUAUCCACAAAAUCAAGUGUGUUGGGGCCUGCACACAGCGGUAGAGAAGAAUUUUUGAGCAAUGGAAUCCUGCUGUUCCACAAUGUCACUGAGGAGGAUGCCGGAUUGUACACCCUACGGAUUCUGAGUACAGAUAUGAAGAAUGAAGAAGCGCAUGUAGAAAUCCAGGUGGACACUGCUCUUUAUAAGUGCUGUAAUCCUCUCACCUCUAGCAAAAUCUUGACUGAACCAGUGCCCCGGUAUGCUGCUGAAGGUGAAAGCGUUCUCCUGCUUGCUCAUAAUCUGCCAAAAAAGAUGAUAUCAUUUUCCUGGUACAGAUCAAUGUAUAAGGUCCCAGCUUUUAAAAUUGUGGAAUACAACAGUAUCAGAAAUACCACCAACUGGUGGAAUGAAUCCACUGGAAGAGAGAUAGUGUACAGCAGUGGAUCCCUGCUGCUCCUGAACGUUACUCAAAAUGAUGCAAGAAUGUACACACUAGAAACUUUAGACAUAUAUUACAAAGUGGAAACAUCACAUGUGCAAUUUCAUGUAAACAAGCCUCUGACACAGCCCACUAUAAAAGUCACUGACAUUAGAGACAAAGGAGACAGAUCUGUGAUGUUCACCUGUGUUUCACCCGACAUUGACACCUCCAUAAGUUGGUUCUUCAAUUACCACAGUCUGAAGAUCACAGAGAGAAUGACACUGUCCCCAACAAAGUGUGGACUCAGAAUAGAUCAUGUCAGGUGGGAGGAUGAAGGAGAGUAUCGGUGUCUGGUCACCAACCGAGUAGGUAUAAAGGUCAGUCACCCAGUCAAGUGGCCAUGA